GACUACAAGACCCUCAAUCCUCAGGAUAUUAAGGAAAACAACAAAAAGGCCUAUGAUGUUUUUGCCAACCUGGGCAUCAGUCGUCUGUUGGAGCCAUCUGACAUGGUUCUGCUGGCCAUCCCUGACAAGCUGACCGUCAUGACGUACCUCUACCAGAUCAGAGCCCACUUCAGUGGAGAGGAGCUCAACGUGGUGCAGAUAGAAGCCAACAGCAGCCGCAGCACAUACAAGGUGGGAGACUUCGAGACAGACACCAACGCCUCCAUCGGCCAGGACAAGUUCUAUGCCGAGCUAAACGUCAGUGACGCUAAUGCCCAGACCACUGGAUCCAGUGGGGACGUUAGCAUCGGAGCUAACGGCGCUAGCGCCACCAAUGGAGCCGCGGGGAAAGAGGAGGAGAUGGAGGUGGUGAGGAAGAGUGAGACUGUGUCUUUCUCCCUCCCUGACUUUGGGGUGUCCCCCUCCUCUCCCAGCUCGCCCCCCCUCCCCUUGCCCCGCGCGGCUCUACCCCCCACCGCCACAGAGUCCUCCCACCCCAGAGCCGCGCCUCGCUCCCUUGCCACCACGUCUCUAGGAGACGAUCGCCGUCAACUACAACUACCCCUGAAGGCAGUCACCCUGGACCUGAGUCAGCUCCCUCUGAGGACGGAGAGAGGGAUGGAGAGAGGGAUGGAGAGAGGGAUGGAGAGAGGGACCGAGAGAGGGACCGAGAGAGGGACGGAGAGAGGGACGGAGAGAGGGAUAGAGAGAGGGAUGGAGAGAGGGAUGGAGAGAGGGACGGAGAGAGGGACGGAGAGAGGGACCGAGAGAGGGACGGAGAGAGGGACGGAGAGAGGGAUGGAGAGGGGGACGGAGAGAGGGACGGAGAGGGAGACGAGGGAGCAGGAAGGGAUGAGGGAUGGAGCCCCGGACAACGGGGCCCUCGAUUCAGGGUCCCCUACACGGCAAGGAACCUCGGGCACCCCAGGGGCCUCGUCUCCCUCCUCCCACAAGCUGGGCUUCUCCUACAACCGUGAUGCUGACCUCAUCAAGAAGAAGAGGGCCAGCCUCCGUCACUCUGAGUCUGAGACCGCCUCCGACUGCAGCAACCCCACCCCUAACAACCACGCUGACACGCCCACUAAACAGGAGCCAACGCCCGUCCCCAGCUCCCCAGUGGAAAAGAAGGUGCAGUCUCGGCAGGAGGAGCUGAAGGAAAGAGCCAGGCUUCUCCUGGAGCAGGCCCGGCGGGAUGCUGCCAUGAAGGCCGGCAGCAAGCACACAGCCAGUUCAACUAACUCAGUCCCAGUUAAAACACCACAAGUCACUGACGAGAGAGACGUGGAGCGCCGGAGACAGCUGAGGGAGAGGGCCAGACAGCUCAUCGCCGAGGCUCGCUCUGGGGUCAAGAUCACAGAGAUGCCCCUUUAUGACACGACCGCUGACCGAGGGAGAGGCAAAACCACCCCUACUGGAGAUGUGUUGGAUGGAGAUGCAGGUGAUGAUAAUGGGGGUGAGGAGGAGGAGGGGGGGAGAGAUGAGGAAGAUCACCAUGAUGAAACUGUGACAGAGGCUCCUGCGGUAGAUACUAACCCUCCUGAGGCCCCUCCGACCUCCUCCACCAUCCAGGGGCAUCAGGAGUCUACUAACCCCAGCUCUGAGCUAACCUUUCUGGGUGUGAACAGUAAACACAUGGACUUGAAGCUGAAGAUGAUGGAGGUUCGACCUGGAGGACCCAACUCUUCCUCCUCUCCUUCAUCCUCCUCUUCCUCUCCCUCCUUCUCCUCAUCCACCUCGCCACUCAGCCCCACAGAGAACAAUGCAGAGCGUCUGCGCAGGGCGACAGAGAGACUGCGUGGUCCUGUAGUCUUCAGUCAGGAGCCAGCUGUCAGGAAAACACAGCUGAGGUCCUUCAGCCAGUAUGUGGAGGUCAGGCCAGAGGUAAAGCGUCAGAGAUCAGUACCAGAGGAUCAGAGACGGACGGGCGAGGAGAGAGGACUGGCACCAGACACCGAUGCUCGCAAGCCUUAUGAAGAUGAAAAGGCGUUCAAAGACACCAGUCAGUACGUGGUCGGGGAGCUGUCUGCUCUGGAGAGCGAGCAGCGCCACAUCGACGCCCGGGCGGCGCGCGUGGAGAAGAGGCUACGCUAUCUCAUGGACACAGGGAACAGUAAGGAAGAGGAGGAGGCCAUGAUGCAGGAGUGGUUCAUGUUGGUCAACAAGAAGAAUGCUCUGAUCAGGAGACAGAACCAACUCUCUCUACUGGAGAAGGAGCACGAUCUGGAGCGACGCUUUGAGCUGCUCAACAGAGAGCUGAGAGCCAUGAUGGCCAUCGAGGACUGGCAGAAGACAGAGGCUCAGAAGAGAAGAGAGCAGCUGCUGCUGGAUGAACUGGUCAUACUGGUCAACAAACGAGAUGCGCUGGUCAGAGACCUCGAUGCGCAGGAGAAACAGGCGGAGGAGGAAGAUGAACACCUGGAGAGAACCCUCGAGCAGAACAAAGGCAAGAUGGCCAAGAAGGAAGAGAAGUGUGUCCUUCAAUGAUUGUCAUUUCGUUUCACACACACACACACACAUAUAUAUAUAGUCUUCGUCCCAAAUGACACCCUAUAUGUCCUAUAUAUUACUUUGACCAGGGCAACAUAGUGCACUAUAUAGGGAAUAGAGUGCCUUUUGGGACACAGAUACAGACUAUAAUAUUUGUUUGAUCGAUACAAGAAUUGUAUUGUUAUUAUAUUGACUAUUAUUAUUGUAAUUAUUAUUAUUGAUAUACCAUGAUAUUGACAUAUUGUUAUUAAUAUACAAUUUCUUGACAUUAUUAUAAUUAUAAUAAUUGUUAUAUUGACAUAUUGUUAUUAAUAUACCAUUGUAUUGACAUUAUUAUAAUUAUUAUUAUUAUUAUAUUGACUAUUUGAGAAACCUGUAUUUUAAGUUUAUUUGAACCCUGAAAUUUAAAUCAUGUUGUUUUUUUUUUUUUGGUCAAUGGCUGUGAUGGUUUUACUGCUAAACUAAAGGCUACAUCCUAAAUGCAUCCCUAUUCCAUAUAAAGGGCACUACUUUUGACCAGAGCCCCUCACUAUAUAGGAAACAGGGAGCCGUGUGGGAGGUGUCAAGGCUCUGUAAGGAUGAGACCAUGAUGUCUUGAACCAGCUUUAUACUGACAUGGAAAUGUGUCCUGCUUAUACAACACACUAGAUUGUUUUUAUUUUGUUGUUGUUGCUUUAUCAAGCAAGGUACUUGUAUUUAAUAUACAUAUACAUGAUGGCAUAUACAGCCCAGUGAAAACCUACCACGGGAGGGAUUGAAUUUCAUUCAGACACACACAGCCUUCUCUUGGCAGAAUGUUUCAAUGUUGAGGAGCUUGGAGACAGAGAUUCCUUUAUAGUGGUUUUGAGGUACAGCGAGUUGUUUUAUUGGGGACGUUGGUGAUGAUAACCAAUGAUAUUAUACUGAUGUCUAUUGUUUCAGUUGGACUUUAAAAACAAAAAAAAGAGUAUAAUUCACGAUAUCAGUAUUUUCAAGCUAUGUUUAUUACUUGACUGUGUGUAAUGUUUUUAAAGGUAAUAUCUCAAGAUGCAGUUCAUAAACCGAAAAACUGUUAUGAUUUUUUUUUUCGCUUGAAUGCGGUUAACCAAACAUUUCAGAAGAAGAGCUGGCUCGGUGAUA